UCCUGUCAAGCUCGCAGGGAUAGGAAUGUGCCGAGCCGAGGUCUAGUUCAUCCAUCCAUCACCCAAGACUUCCACCUUGGACACUGCUACCAUAGUCGUGCUGAUCCGCGACAAAGCUGAUUGGGCCUCCCUCCCUUCCCCUCCAACACAUCACCUGUCUAUAUACCGUCUGAAGCAGCAUGAUUGGGUCACGCAGAGCCUCUACGGAACUGCGGUUGUUGGCAAAACCGUCAGUGCCCCCAAAGCCCCUUGUACCAUGAAUACAACCUCAAUCCCCACAGCAACAUGCAUAACCGUGGUGGACAUUUGUGAUACCGUAUACGUACAGUCAGCUGAACUAUGGAGAUACAGGAUUGCUGUUGCCUAUCUUUUCGGUCUGUUAUCUACUGAUGGUCCUAGAGCCCUCAAGAUUGUCCUGUUGCUUUGCAAGCGGAGGUUGACAGUUCAGGCAGCAUGCCACCAGAUCCCUCUCCGGACGCUGUUCAUUCAACUUCUCCGCCUAUUCCCUUCGCACAAUGACCUCACCAGUCUACGCAUCGCCUCGCUUCUUGCCAAAUUCUUUGCGUCGUUGACAUCAGCAUCCUUGUCUUUCGCCUUACUCAACACUCGGCCUUCCUCAUAUAAUGAUGAGGGCCGUGAUACCGCAAGCCACCUUCGAUUCAUCAAACCUGGUCCCUUUGAUGAACCACCAGAAUCGCUACUCAAAGACGUGGAUGAUAACACACUCAAUGCAAAGUCGUUGUCGAGAGCAGAGCUAGCAGGUAAGACUAUCGACCUCACUUUGUUCGCAGUCUGCCGUGCUGCGGACGUACUUAUCCAGGAUGCAAAAUCUCGAAUACCCCUCAAGCCUUCUUCCAAGGCUAGAGUCUUAUCCCGAGCUGUGACUCCUAUGCUAUUCUGCUUCUCUGCAGCUACUAUAAUGCAUGCGUGGUUCUACAGUCCCAGCCGCCUACCUCACUCAUACAAUACUUGGAUCUCCAGCGCAGCAAAGCUCGAUCAUCGCUUGUUGCUUGUACUUCGGCAUGCAAAAUAUGGUACUUGGCGAUAUGGCGAGGAUACUGGUAUGGGGCAACUAUUGGGUUCCAUGUGUCACGACUACGGUUUGCCUGAGGAACUCGGAGACCCCUCGAAAACUGUACCGGUGCCUUGCGAACUCGUUCACAUGGGCUGUGGAAAGAGCUGUGAGAAGCAUGCGCUCAUUCGUUUUUGGCGCGGCUGGAGUUUUGCAGCUAGGAUCCACGCCCCUUUACAACUUCUCGUCCUGCUGAGACAUGUUCGGGCAAAUGCUCGUCCUGGGAACAAGUUUGCCGGAUUAACGAAGCUUGCUAUCAUCCGAGCAAUAUCCAAUAUCGCAAGGAACUCGUCUUUUCUGGGAGUCUUCAUCGCAUUAUUCUACUACGGCGUCUGUCUAUCUAGAACCCGCUUAGGUCCAAAACUUUUCUCUUACAAGACCGUCACGCCGCAGAUGUGGGAUUCAGGGUUGUGUGUCUUGGGCGGGUGUCUCCUCUGCAGCCUCAGCAUAUUAGUCGAGCAACCUCGGAAACGCCUCGAAAUCUUGCUCUUUGUUCUCCCCAGGGCAACCGCAACGUGGUUUCCCCGCAGGUACCUCCCCGAACACCGCUGGAAGGAGCACCUAGCAUUCGCUUUGAGCGCUGCCGUUGUCAUGACCGCCGCGCAGGAGAAUCCCAAGCGGGUGCGCGGAGUCUUCGGGUCACUCUUGCGUCAUGUUUUGAAAACUAAUUAA